GAUAGUAACCUCGGAGCGGGUAUUCUUUUGGUUAUCAAGGAUCUUCAGGCAAAACCGAUUCUUCUCACUCGUAUAGUCGUAUUGUUUUCAAUACUCAUGAAUUCCUAAUUUUCUUUCCGUCCGAAUGUUACGAUCCUUCUGAUAUAAUAUAGAAUUGAAAUCUAUGACAGACUCAUAUAUAGGAUUUUAAUGUUUGAUGUGUUUAUUUACAUUAUGAGUGUGAUUUAAAGGUUUGCUGGAUCCUCGAAGUAGACAGAGUUGUCUCGGCAAACAGGCGUUGGAGAAUGGAAGAUGUAUUUGUCCUUAUACUUUCGAUGUUCCUUGUUUUGGCCUUAGUACCGUUGUAUUUAUGGAAAAUCCGGAAGAGCUCUCAAAUUCCAGAGGAGCCUGAAGAAGAAACUCUGGUUAGGCGGAGGGAAGCUGUCGUCAGGGCAACUGGAACUCGUCGCAUGCGUAGAAGACCAGCUUCUUCAGCUGCCAGUACAUCUUCAGCAGCUGCUGCUGUAGAAGAAAGUGUUGAUGAAAGUGAUGAUGAUGCAUCUGGGGAUGGAUAUUAUGCUGCCAAGGCAUCAAAGAAGAAGGAAAAGAAGCGUCAAGAGAGGGCAGCACAGAGACAGGCUGAAGAAGCUUCCCGUGAAUCAAAGCAGAUUAAAUCAAGCCGUUAUGAUGAAAUAAGGAGGAAAAAGGAGGAGGAGCGUGAGGCUAAAGAGCGUGCCUUAGAAGAAGAAAUUAAAGCUCGUCAGGCAAAAGAGGAAGAAGCUGCUGCCCAUGAGUUUGAAAAAUGGAAGAGCGCAUUUUCAGUUGAUGCUGAAGGCACCACUGAAAGUAACAUACAAGAUGAAAGCCAUGGCUUGCUUUAUGAUUUUGUAGAAUACAUUAAGAAGCACAAAUGUGUUCCACUGGAGGAUCUUGCUGCAGAAUUCAAGUUGCGGACCCAGGAGUGUAUCAACCGGAUCAAUUCACUGGAAGAGAUGGGGAGGCUUUCGGGUGUUAUGGAUGAUAGAGGGAAGUACAUAUACAUCUCUUUAGAAGAAAUGAAAGCUGUGGCAGACUACAUCAAACGUGAAGGUAGGGUUAGCAUUUCACAUCUUGCCAGCAAAUCAAACCAGUUCAUCGACUUGGAGCAAAAAUCCCAGUUAGUCGAAGACACUGUCAAUUUUGGGGAGAUAGCUGUUGCUUGAUUCUCUGUAAGUACUUGCAUAAUUUCAGUGCUAGUCGAUGAGCAAAAGUGACACAUGAUUUUACGGUUGAGGGGACAAGUAUAUAUAAAUAUAAUAGUUUGUACCAACAUAUUUAGUUAUAUACUAUAGAACAUGUCAAUAACUACUUGGAAUUUCUUUGGGGGGACUCUCUGCCUGUGUAUGUGUCGAUGAGGUUUACACUCUUCAUUUUCUUUAUUUUUAAGUGAUGAAAGAUGAUAAAUUUCAUGUUUGCGAAAAACACUUGAAAUGAUCCAACUUUAACAUGUU